CUAGAGGGGCUUCCUUUCCUUCGUCCCAAAACCUUCGUUAGUGCUCUGGGUCGUCUGCGUCUCUCGAGCGCCGGCGCUUCCUGAAGUUAUUAUUUGCCUUAGUUGUUGGGCAAAGCUAUCAUGGGGAAGGAAAAGGUUCACAUCAACAUUGUGGUCAUUGGUCAUGUGGACUCUGGUAAGUCGACCACCACUGGCCAUCUCAUUUACAAGCUUGGUGGUAUUGACAAGCGUGUGAUUGAGAGGUUUGAAAAGGAAGCUGCUGAAAUGAAUAAGAGGUCUUUCAAGUAUGCCUGGGUCCUGGACAAACUCAAGGCUGAACGUGAGAGAGGAAUUACCAUUGACAUUGCUCUCUGGAAAUUCGAGACCACGAAGUACUACUGCACUGUUAUUGAUGCUCCUGGACACCGUGACUUUAUCAAGAACAUGAUUACUGGUACUUCGCAGGCUGAUUGUGCUGUUCUUAUCAUUGACUCAACCACUGGUGGUUUUGAAGCUGGUAUUUCAAAGGAUGGUCAGACCCGCGAGCAUGCCUUGCUUGCUUUCACACUUGGGGUGAAACAGAUGAUUUGCUGUUGUAACAAGAUGGAUGCAACAACCCCCAAAUACUCCAAGGCCAGGUAUGAUGAAAUUGUGAAGGAAGUUUCUUCUUACCUCAAGAAGGUGGGUUACAAUCCUGAGAAGAUUCCCUUUGUUCCCAUCUCUGGGUUUGAGGGCGAUAACAUGAUUGAGAGGUCCACCAACCUGGACUGGUACAAGGGUCCCACCCUUCUUGAGGCCCUUGACCUGAUCCAGGAGCCAAAGAGGCCCUCAGACAAGCCCCUUCGCCUUCCUCUUCAGGAUGUCUACAAGAUUGGAGGUAUUGGCACUGUCCCAGUUGGACGAGUUGAAACUGGCACCCUCAAGCCUGGUAUGGUUGUUACCUUUGGUCCCUCGGGUCUGACAACUGAAGUCAAGUCAGUUGAGAUGCACCAUGAAGCCCUCCAGGAGGCUCUCCCUGGUGACAAUGUGGGCUUCAAUGUGAAGAAUGUUGCUGUCAAGGAUCUCAAGAGAGGUUAUGUUGCAUCGAACUCAAAGGAUGAUCCUGCCAAGGAGGCUGCCAGCUUCACUUCUCAGGUCAUCAUUAUGAACCAUCCUGGUCAGAUUGGCAAUGGCUAUGCCCCUGUCCUUGAUUGCCACACCUCACACAUUGCUGUUAAGUUUUCUGAGAUCCUCACCAAGAUUGACAGGCGAUCUGGGAAGGAGCUUGAGAAGGAGCCCAAAUUUUUGAAGAAUGGUGAUGCAGGUUUUGUUAAGAUGAUUCCCACCAAGCCCAUGGUUGUCGAGACCUUCUCUGCGUACCCACCUCUCGGUCGAUUUGCUGUGAGGGACAUGCGCCAGACUGUGGCUGUGGGAGUCAUCAAGAGUGUUGAGAAGAAGGAUCCAACUGGUGCUAAGAUCACCAAGGCUGCUGCAAAGAAGAAGUGACACAUGCAUUCUAAAUGGGCUGUGGCUAGAGGCUUUGGGAAUUUAGUAGUUACUAGUGUUGCUUUGAUUCUUCAUGGUGUUUGCUAUAGGUUUUGGUCGAUGCCAUUGUCUCUAUUUGGCAGUUGGUUGCAGAACUGGGUGCUUGAUAGGCGGUGGUGGAGACCCAUGAGGUUUUGUUGAGUCCCAUGGCGUUUUGGUGUGUUUUAGUGAUUCUGGUUUCCAUCGUACCUAUCUUUCCAUUGAGACUUUUUCCAAAGCUGCUUCAGAGUUUUUAGGUCUGCUCCUGAGCAGCUAGGAUAGUUUUGUUAUAUUAAGAUACACCAUCUUUUAAUGUUCAUGGAUUUUUAAUAAAUUACUUGUUUUAAUCUAUUCUGCUA